CUUCCCAGCUCCCAUUCCUGUCGUCGACUCAUUCCAUCAGAACCGCCAUUAGCGACCAGCUCCUCUCGUCUCCCUAAGAAAGUGCAGGGCAGAUUCAAUCCCGGGAGUGUGCCAGCCCUACCCUACUCUACUACCCGCUGGCUGCAUCAUUGCGGCGUAGAAGCAAGAGAAAGCAAAACGGCAAACCAAUUAGCAUCACGAGACGCCUUGUUGGCUUCUCCCGACAGUAGGGAUCGACACCCACGCCAUCCCCCACCCCGUUCCUCCCAUACCUCUGGGUCUACGUCUGCGUUUGUAUUUUGGACCCCACAUUUGUCCAUCUGCUUACAACUUGACGCGGGGGAUCCAAGCAUUGGAGCUUGUCAGGGGAGGUUCCUUGUAUCAUGUCGAAGAUGAUACCAGAGGAUGAUGAGAGUAUUGCUGUGGACCUAUCAUACUCACAAUACCAAGAUUACGACGACGAUGACGACUCGCAAUCAUACACCUCCGGCCUUUCGAUAGGAAGCAGUGUAACACGCUACCGCUACGAAAACGGACGACGCUAUCAUGCCUACCGCGAAGGCUCCUAUUACGCCCCCAACGACGAAACCUACUCCAACUACGAGACUAUUGUGCAUCAUCUGUGGCUGCUCACGCUCGAUGACCGGCUGUUCCUCGCGCCUAUAGGCGGUGGUGAGGAUGGUCAACCUGGACCGGAGAGGAUCUUGGAUGUUGGGACGGGGACGGGGCUGUGGGCUGUCGACAUGGCCGACUACUUCCCUUCCGCCGAAAUCAUCGCCACCGACCUCUCCCCAACGCAAUCCACGUCGGCCCCACCAAAUAUCCGCUUCGAAGUCGACGACGCGUGCGCAGAAUGGACAUACCCGCUAUCCAGCUUCGACUUCAUCCACAUCCGCGGGCUGACAGGCUGCAUCCGCGACUGGCCGUACCUGUACUCGCAAGCCUACGCGCACCUCAAACCGCACGGCUACAUUGAGCACCUCGAGUUCUCCAUCUCCACCUCGGCGAACCCGGACCCGGAGACGUCGACGCACGCGGAGAAGCUGCUGACGUCGUUUUCGAGCUCGAUUCUGAGGGCUGGGGAUACCUAUACGGGCAUGACGUUUCGCACUAUUUCGCUCAUGAAGCCUUUGCUUGUCGAGGCCGGGUUUAGAGAUGUUGUUGAGCAUCGCUAUGUUUGGCCUAUUGGCCCGUGGCCUAAAGAUCCCAAGUUGAAGGAGAUUGGAAGGUGGGGGGAGCGCAACUGGCUGGAUGGGUUUGAGGGGUGGGUCAUGGCGAUUUAUACCCGCAUUUUGGGGUGGAAGUAUGAGGAGGUUAAGAAGUUUGUCGAGGAGGUAAGGGCGGUCGUGAAGGAUAGGGGCAAUACUUUUUGGCAUGAGGUUAGGGUCGUUUAUGGGAGGAAGCCUGGGGAUAAUGAGAAGGAGAAGGAGGAGGAAGUGUUGAAUCAUGGUGAAGGUAAUGGUGGUGACGGAGCGGUGAUGGAUGGACAACAGGAAACUGGUGCUGCAAAUCACGAAGAAAUGAAAGUGUAA